AGAUUAAUAAUAAUUUUUUUUUUUUGUCUGAACUUUUUCAAAAUGUCGGUAGAACGAGCGGAAUCUCAUAAGGUCAAAGGGAAUACUUAUUUUAGUAAAAAGGAUUAUGACAGUGCCACGAGAGAAUAUUCAGAAGCUAUAAAUCUGAAUCCGAGGAAUGUAGUUUACUAUACAAAUCGUGCAUUAUGUUAUUUGAGGUUAAAAAAGUAUGAUAACGUGAUAUCAGAUUGUAAGACUGCUAUUAGUAUUGAUGCGAAUUCGGUUAAAGGACAUUAUAUGUUAGGACAAGCCUUAACAGAAAAAGCAGAAUUUGAUUUAGCAAUUUCACAUUUACAGACGGCUUAUGAUCUUGCUAUUAAAGAUAAAGUGACAUUUUCUGGAGAAAUAAUUCAAGCUUUAUUGAGUGCGAAAAAAAGAAAAUGGGAACUUGAGGAACAACGACUACGAAAGAAUGAAUCAGAAUUUUUGAAAUAUAUCAAAGGAUUAAUUAAUACAGAAAGAGAGAAACAACUUCAAAAGGUUAAUCAAAGUAAAAAUUCAUUUGGCUCUACAAUUUCCAAAUUAGUUAAUUUACAUUCAACGGAAAUUCAAGAUAAGUUAGAUCAAAUUAAUAAGUCGUAUGAUGAAAAGCUUUCUCAAAUUGAACAGGUUUUUGCUCAAUCAGAAGAAAAUCGUGGUCCAAAAGAAGUUCCUGAUUAUUUUCUGGAUAAAAUAUCUUUCAAUAUUAUGUAUGAUCCGGUUAUUACACCAUCGGGAAUCACUUAUGAGAGAACUCAUUUGAAAGAACAUUUCAAAAAAAUUGGACAUUUUGAUCCGUUGUCAAGACUCGAAUGUAGGGAAGCUGAUUUGUAUCCUAAUUUAGCACUUAAAGAGGCAAUUGAAGAUUACCUAAACAAAAAUGGUUGGGCUGCAGAUUACUGAGGAGUUUAUUUUGCAUUCUCCCAAAGUUUAUUGAAUAAACGGAUUUAAUUCAGCUUUAAAUGUUUUCGUAAAAAUCACGUGUUCUUAAUUUACUAUUACCUGGUGACAAAUGAUGCGUGACAAAUAAUAUAUAAAUAUCAAACAGUCGAAAAUCAAAGUCCUAGGUUACUUGCAUAAUUGGUUAUUCGGUAUAUUAUUUUAUUUGAGCAAAUUCUAUAAAUACAAUUUUCAUUAAAAUAAUACCUUAUUAUAAAAUAAAUAAAAUAAAAUAAAGAUUAAAUAAA